AUGGCAUCUACACUAGCCAAGCUUUUGACGUACAAAUUCCUGACGUUCACAGACAUUUUUGAUAAUCUGUUCAGUCAGUCAGCACCUAAGCUUGUGCUGUGGACAUUGCUGAUUCUGUUAGUGAUAUGCCUGCCGAUUUACCUGCUGUUUCGAAACACCGCCCGAGAAUCACUGUUAAAGGACAAUGGAGAGGAUAAUUAUCCGGAAGUCUACAACUUACUUGACCGUUGGCGGACACAGAAUUAUUGGGUUCUUGAUAAACUUAUAGAAAUUUGCAUGGCUUUUGUCAGUGGACCACCGGGUUCAGCAAUGCUCCCCAAAAAUGUUCAGGACAUAUUCUAUAACCCCGAGCUUUCUUCGCCCUUGUCCUUUGAACUUUCACAGAGUCCUAUGUUUAACGCAAAUUCUGUGGAUUUUGAUGAAGACGCCAUUGAUGACGAAUACUACUUUGUUGACAGGGAAUCUUCCUCGAGCAUCCAACCAAAUACCAUGUCGAGCAAUAAAAUUGCCACGGGAGAACUCCCUAGCAAUUUUCUUUCCGCUCGCGAAUCCAUAGAGGAGGCAACCACACCAUUAGUCUCGGGCCAACAUCAGCACUCACGAGACAAUCCACCGUCUAGUAGGAGUCCCUCACCUGCCCCACAGACAGAAGACAUGACCACUCAAAAUGGGGAUGGAUCAAGCACAACUGAAACUGCUGAGUCGAUCGAAGGCGGUACUGGUGGGAUGGUCGUGCUUGCACACAACCCCGGACUUAAGCACAAGCUCGCCUCUACUCAUGUUCGUCCACCGUUUCAACGGUCAGCCUCAGAUUAUGAGAAGGAGGCCAAUGCAGCAGCAGCAUCAGAGGAGACGGGGGUUGAUCCGCACAAUGUAACCGAGCGCAUCGGCGAAGCCGAGCCUGUACCACUGGAUCCUAUUGUCCAUCCGCCCAGCUCAGAAAUGGAAGACAAACUCCAGCCAACGGCGGCAUCGAACCGACCUAUCGCCACAUCAUGA